AUGACUAAGCCAAUGGAUGGUGUUUGUGCUAUAAAAGAAGAAUUUAUCAUUCAGAGGCCGGUCAAAAGUACUACUGAAGAUAAUACUAAUAAUAAACGUAAGUUAACUGAUAAUAACGAUGAAGAUAAUGAUUUAGAUAGUAAAAAAGUUAAAACUAACGAAGGACAAGAACAGAAUACAAGUAAGAACAAAAAACGAGGCCAAAAUAAAGCGAGACCGAAAACUUACAAAGACAACAAGGAAAAUAAACCAUGUCCUUCUAUUGUGUGCGUCGAAGCAGCUGAAAAUUCAAAUCCAUGCCAGUACAAUAACUGUAAAUAUAUUCACAAUGCACUCGACUAUAUAAAAUCAAAACCCAAGGACUUGGGCGAAACAUGUUAUUUAUUUGAGACAAGAGGAAAAUGCCCCAGAGGCAUUGCUUGUCGCUUCGGGUCUAGUCACAUCACACCCGACGGGUAUAAUAUGGUUAACUUAGAAAAAUGGAAGCAAUGGAAAGAUGAUACCAAAAAUACCAUUCAGCCUGCGCUUCAGACAGCUCUACAAAAAAGAAGAUAUGAUUUUAGUUUAUCUGAGAGACUGAUAAAACAUCUAGAUAGAAAGAAGAAACCAAAUGAAAAUAAUAAGGAGACACAACAAAGUAAUGAAGAGUCUAAGGAAGCACCAACAGAAAAUAAUGAAAGUAAAGAAAAUAAUGAGGAAUCUAAAGAUGCACCAGUAGACAAACCUGAUGAAAACAUACACAAAAGUGGUGUUGUCACUGAUGAAGACUUGAUCAAACUGUUACCAAGAGAAAAGAAGAUCAUAGACUGGAGGGACAAGUUGUACCUUAGCCCCCUGACCACAGUUGGAAACUUACCCUUCAGGAGAAUUUGCAAAGAAUAUGGAGUAGAUAUAACUUGCGGAGAAAUGGCUUUAUGUGAAUCUUUACUUAAAGGAAUGAAACAAGAAUGGGCGUUAGUCAAAAGGCAUGAAACAGAAGACUUAUUUGGGGCACAAAUAUGUGGCACUAAUGUGUACACUAUUACAAAAGUAGCACAAAUGUUACAAGAGAACACUGAACUUGAUUUCAUCGAUUUAAAUCUAGGAUGUCCUAUUGAUUUGAUAUACAAAAAGGGAGGAGGCAGUGGUAUGAUGCACAGAGUAAAUGCAUUAGAAGCAUCAGUAAGAUGCGCUUCAAAAGUAUUAAGCAUACCUUUUACAGUCAAAAUGAGAACUGGUGUGUAUGAAGGAAAAAAGAUAACACAUACCAUAGUACCUAAAAUGUCCGAAUGGGGUGCAUCACUUGUUACAGUCCAUGGCAGGUCCAGAGAAGCUAGAUACAUUAAGUCCUCCGAUUGGGAAUACAUAGAAACUUGUGCACAAGCAGCUGCACCUUGCCCUGUUUAUGGCAAUGGUGAUAUCUUGAGCUACCAAGAUUAUAUUGAUAGGAGAACUGUUGCUCCUACAGUGCAAGGGGUAAUGAUUGGAAGAGGAGCACUUAUCAAGCCUUGGAUAUUCACAGAGAUUAAGGAACAGAGAAUUUGGGAUAUAAGCAGCAAAGAAAGGUUUGAAAUAUUAAAGAAAUAUACUAACUAUGGUUUAGAGCACUGGGGCUCUGAUAUGCAAGGUGUGGAGAAUACCCGCAGGUUUUUACUUGAAUGGUUGUCAUUCUUGUACAGAUAUGUACCUGUGGGUUUACUAGAAAGACCACCACAAAAAAUUAAUGAAAGACCUCCUUUGUAUUUUGGUAGAGAUGACUUAGAAACACUAAUGGCAUCAGGAAACUGUUCCGACUGGAUAAAAAUAAGCGAAAUGUUAUUAGGGCCUGUACCUGACGGAUUUAACUUUUUACCAAAACAUAAAGCAAACUCAUAUUGA